AUGGCCGCCGCCGCCGCUGCCGCUGAUGACAAGAAGUACAUCACCUCCGAAGAGCUAAGCAAGCACAACAAAUCCGGCGAUCUGUGGCUCUCAAUCCAGGGCAAAGUCUACGACGUUACGGAUUGGGCGAAGCAGCACCCCGGCGGCGAGGUUCCACUCCUCAAUUUAGGCGGCCAGGACGUCACCGAUGCGUUCAUCGCCUUCCACCCUGGCUCCGCCUGGAAACACCUCGACAAUUUCUUCACCGGCUACCACCUCCGCGACUUCCACGUCUCCGACAUGUCUCGCGAUUAUCGCAACCUCGCGACGCAGUUCACCCGAUCCGGAAUGUUCGAGAAGAAAGGCCACGGCGUGAUCUACAGCCUCUGCUUCAUCUCGGUGCUCCUCGCCGCCUGCUUCUACGGCGUCCUCCGCUGCGACGGUUUCCUCACCCACAUUCUCUCCGGAGGCCUCCUCGGAUUGAUCUGGAUGCAGGUCGCCUACCUAGGGCACGACUCCGGCCACUACAACAUCAUGAUUAGCCCUAGAUUCAACAAACUGGCGCAGAUCCUCACCGGUAACUGCCUCACCGGCAUCAGCAUUGCCUGGUGGAAGUGGACGCACAACGCGCACCACAUCGCCUGCAACAGCCUCGAUUACGAUCCCGAUCUCCAGCACCUCCCGAUGCUCGCCGUCUCCACCCGCUUCUUCACCAACCUCACCUCCAAAUUCUACAACAGAAAGCUCGAAUUCGAUCCAAUCGCCCGAUUCUUCAUCAGCUACCAACACCUCACCUACUACCCCGUGAUGUGCGUCGCCAGAGUCAAUCUCUAUCUCCAGACAUUCCUCCUUCUCCUCUCCAACCGCAGAGUCCCCGAUCGAGCCCUAAACAUAUUAGGAAUCAUGAUUUUCUGGACAUGGUUCCCUCUCCUCGUCUCCUGCUUGCCUAAUUGGACCGAACGCGUGCUCUUCGUGCUAGCCAGCUUCUGCGUCUGCGCCAUCCAGCACAUCCAAUUUACGCUCAACCACUUCGCCGCCGACGUCUAUGUUGGCCCGCCCAAGGGGAACAAUUGGUUCGAGAAACAGACCGCCGGGACCAUCGACAUCGACUGCCCUUCUUGGAUGGAUUGGUUCUUCGGCGGUCUGCAGUUUCAGCUGGAGCACCAUCUCUUCCCCAGGCUGCCGAGGUGCCAUUUGAGGAAAGUUUCCCCCAUCAUUAGAGAUCUCUGCAAGAAGCACAACCUGCCCUACCGGAGCUUAACCUUCGUCGAGGCGAACAAGUGGACGCUGCGUACGCUUAGAACCGCUGCGGUUGAGGCCCGCGAUUUCUCCAUGGCUCCCAGGAACUUGCUGUGGGAAGCUGUCAACACUCAUGGAUGAGAGAUUUCAACCACAUUUUGUUUUUUGUUUUGAAAUUAUUUUUGAAAGAAAAGCUGAUCAAUUAUCUCGAACAGCUUGUGAUAACCCUAUGUGUUUGAAGUUGUUCUUCAGCAUAUUUAUACGUAUUUAUAUCCUUCUGCAUA